AUGCUCCCGCCAGCGCUGAACAUUCCCAAAUGGCUUGAAGAAAAUUCUCAUCUUCUCCAGCCACCAGUCAACAAUUAUUGUGUUUAUCACCCCUCAACGCCGGCCACAGCCGGCUACACAGUUAUGAUAGUUGGCGGGCCCAAUGCCCGAACCGACUUCCAUAUCAACACAACCCCAGAGUUCUUCUACCAAUACCGAGGAUCAAUGCUCCUCAAAACAGUCGACAACUCAACCACACCCCCUAGUUUUCAAGACAUCCCCAUCCAUGAAGGAUCGAUCUUUCUACUUCCCGCGAACACACCGCACUGCCCCGUACGCUUCAAGGACACUAUCGGGGUCGUGAUGGAGCAGCCGCGGGCUAAGGGUGCAGUUGAUGCUAUGAGAUGGUACUGCAAAAACUGCAAAGAGAUCGUCUGGGAAAAGACGUUUGUGUGUGUUGACUUGGGAACGCAGGUUAAGGCUGUGGUGGAAGAAUUUGCUGCUGAUGAAGAAAAGCGCAAAUGUAAAGCUUGCGGAGAGAUUGCAGCAUCAAAGUACCAAGAUGGAGAGAUUGUGCAACCGCCCUCUCAUGCUGAAUAG